AAAAAAUACACUUUUUUGCAAAGCUAAAACUGUAGUUCAUCAUCGUCUGCCAAAAAGUAGCUUUGCAGCAGCAGCAGCAGCAGCAGCAGCCGCCUCUUCCCACCAACCUCUUCGCAGAUUCGCUCAUCUUGAGAUCGUUGAGCGCCUCUUCUUCGAUUUGUUAGGUUGUGAAAGUAUGAGUCUUGUGAAGGGGAUCCACUACUUGCGCAAGCUCAACGCCGCCAAUGUCCCCUCCGCGCUCAUCGAGAAAGGCCAGAGCCGCGUCAUCGAUGCUUCUCUUACUCUCAUUCGCGAGCGGGCCAAGCUAAAGGGAGAACUUCUACGUGCCUUGGGUGGUGUUAAAGCUUCAGCUUCCCUUCUUGGAGUUCCUUUAGGGCAUAACUCAUCCUUCCUGCAAGGACCUGCCUUUGCUCCUCCUCGGAUUAGGGAGGCUAUCUGGUGUGGCAGCACUAAUUCUAGUACUGAAGAAGGCAAAGAAUUGAAUGAUCCUCGAGUGUUAACUGAUGUUGGUGAUGUUCCUAUCCAGGAAAUCCGUGACUGCGGUGUAGAUGAUGACAGGUUGAUGAAUAUUAUCAGUGAAUCUGUUAAGCUAGUAAUGGAAGAGCAUCCACUUCGCCCAUUGGUCUUAGGGGGCGAUCACUCGAUCUCAUUCCCUGUUGUUAGAGCUGUAUCAGAAAAGCUUGGUGGUCCUGUGGACAUUCUUCACCUGGAUGCUCAUCCAGAUAUCUAUGAUUGCUUUGAAGGAAAUAAAUACUCACAUGCUUCUUCAUUUGCGCGUAUAAUGGAGGGUGGAUAUGCUAGGAGACUUCUACAAGUUGGUAUCAGAUCCAUCACAAAAGAAGGACGGGAACAAGGGAAAAGGUUUGGUGUUGAGCAGUACGAAAUGCGUACUUUCUCAAGAGAUCGUCAAAUUUUGGAAAAUCUGAAACUAGGGGAAGGCGUGAAAGGUGUUUACAUCUCCAUAGACGUGGACUGUCUUGAUCCUGCAUUUGCUCCUGGUGUUUCCCACAUUGAGCCAGGUGGUCUUUCUUUCCGUGAUGUCCUCAACAUCCUCCACAAUCUACAAGCUGAUGUUGUUGCUGCCGAUGUAGUGGAGUUCAAUCCACAAAGAGAUACUGUAGACGGGAUGACCGCCAUGGUUGCUGCAAAGCUAGUCAGAGAGCUCACAGCAAAGAUAUCCAAAUAAAAGAAUCUGAUCACACUACGAACUGCAGAAAAUCUUCAAGACUUUGAAUGCACUACAUGCCUUCUCAAGUCAAUUGAGUCAAUUAAUGUGACACUUCAGCUUAUAAUUGAGAUAUAGCAAACAUGCUACCCUUUUUAACAUGAGAAUUUUCUUCAUGUUAUUUAGACAUACAAAUACAUUCAUAUUUUGCCGAUUCUGUGCUCAAGGAAAUAAGUUUUUUUAAA